AUGGCCACUCGCGCAGCCCAUAAACGACUCACACGAGAAUACCAAAACAUCCAGAAAAAUCCUCCUCCAUUUAUUGUGGCACAUCCCUCAGAAACCAACAUUUUAGAGUGGCACUAUAUUCUGACAGGUCCUCCAAAGACGCCUUAUGAGAAUGGACAGUACUGGGGCACGCUGAUAUUCCCUCCCGAGUAUCCGUUUGCGCCACCAGCUAUUCGGAUGCACACCCCCAGCGGUAGAUUCCAGCCCUCCACGAGACUGUGUCUGAGCAUCAGUGACUUCCACCCGAAAUCCUUUAACCCAGCAUGGGAGGUCUCCACGAUUUUGAUCGGUCUCUUGAGUUUCAUGACAAGCGAGGAGAUGACGACCGGCAGCGUCAGUGCUUCAGAGAGCGAACGUAGACUGUUGGCCGCUCGUUCACGGUGGUGGAACUCAACCGGAGGGGGCUCGCAUUCUGGCGUGUCUGCAGGCGUCACACCCAGCAACAAGGGAAUUAAUAACAUCAAGGCUGGCGAUGGCGGCCUCAAGUUCCGCACGGAAUGGCAGGAGGUGGACCAGGAGAACUGGCACUGGAUGAAGGUCAACCGCAUUGACAUCGCCACUGGCCAGAUCGUGCCCGACACUACUGUAGCGGCAGCGAACAGCUGCUCGCCCGAGACAUCAGCAUUCCGGCGACGCCCUGUGGGGAGUGGUCCACGGCUAGGCGCUGUCAUGGAAGGCGGCCAGGUUGCCAAGGAAGCAGGCCAGAGCUGGGUUCGGCGCCAUAAGUUUUUGGUCGUGCUGGGUCUGAUUUUUGGCUAUGUCCUUGUGUCUCGGAUGUACCAGGAUAUGAGCGGCGUUUCGACAGUGCGAUCAUGA